AUGGAGCCUGAUCCCAUUCCAGACGAGUACCUCGGCAACUGCGUCGGCGCCGCCCUGAACGCCGCGCCCAAGGACCGGCUCGCCACGGCCGGCGCGGUUGGCCUCUUCACCGCGUGCACGGCGGUGGCUGCGGCGAUCGAGCAGGCGGUGCGCGUCGGCAGCAUUCGGUCACCGGAGCUGUGGUGGGAGCGGGUAAGGGAGGCCAUAUUAUCCGGCGACGGCGUGCUGGCCGUGGCAGGGUCGCCCAGGUUCCGGGUCUACGGCGUCGACUUUGGGUUUGGGCAGCCGGCCAAAGUGGAGAUCGUAUCCGUGGCGAGGACUGGCGCCAUGGCGGUGGCGGAGAGCCGCCGGAGCAGCGGCGGCAUUGAGGUGGGCAUCUCCCUGCCAUCGGAUGCCACGCGGAGGUUCCAAUGCUGCUUCCACGAUGCCAUCGCGUGGCUGCAGUGCACCACACCAUUAAACAAGUAG